AUGUCUGAAGCUAAAGUCGCUAGUGUUAGCAAUUCAUCUGGUACUUCCAUGCCACAUACUCUAAGUAUGUCAUGGAGACAGUGGCGCACAGAGAGUAGUUCGGCGUAUGCUAAAAAAUGCGAGUUAGAGGUACUAAAUAAUGUUGAUUUCAUUCGUGAAAAUGAAAAAGACCUAGAUAGAUUGGUUGAGAUAUAUGAUUUUCCUCUUCGUGAUAAUGAAGAUUUGAUUCAUGAAUUGUGCGUCAGUGACAAAAAAACAGGAAAAACAAACAAGAAAAGCGUGGUUUAUUUACACGGAUAUGGUGCUGGUCUCGGAUUCUUCUUUCAAAACAUCGAUGAGUUAACAAAAGAAACCACAAAAACGCAUAAUAGUUAUUUUAUCGAUUGGCUGGGUAUGGGUAAUUCAUCUCGCCCGCCGUUUAAGCUGAAGGGAGCUAACGCAUCUGAGCGAGUGCAUGAAGCCGAAAGCUUUUUUGUGAAUUCGUUGGAAUGCUGGCGUGAAAAACAUAAAAUUGAGAGCAUGACUCUUGUAGGCCAUAGUCUUGGAGGAUAUUUAAGCACAGUUUAUGCAAUGCGUUACCCAGAUCGAGUUGAAAAACUUAUUUUAGUGAGCCCCGUUGGUAUUCCUGAGUGCCCGUACGCGACUGAUGACGACGCUGAAGAGUAUCCAAGCGUUGCUAAUUCGGCACUCCAUGCUAUGACGGAUGAUACCCCAAAAACGAAUGUAACAAAUGAAAUUUUACAAACGCAAGAUGAGACAUCUGGAAGAGCAUCUCCUGGUUCUAUCAAGCCAAGGAAUCCUCUUCCGCGAUGGGCUACCUUCCUAUGGGAACAAAAUGUAACACCGUUUGCUCUUUUGAGAUACAGUGGACCUUUAGGACCAAAGUUAACAAGUUUUUGGACUUCCAGGCGCUUUUCUAUCUUACCGGAUAAUAUAGCAAGGUCACUUCAUUCUUAUUGCUACUCCAUUUUUCGUUUAAAAGGAUCUAGUGAAUACGCCCUUGGAAGUUUACUAGCUCCUGGAGCUUUCGCUCGGAAGAGCAUUCAAAAUCGGUUGCACAGGGUUAAAUGCCGAACCAUUUUUAUGUAUGGUGAUAAAGAUUGGAUGGACGAUAUAGCUGGUCUAAAAGCAGUUGAGACUUUAUUGAAACAAAACGUUGAAGCUGAACACCACUAUAUCAUCAACGCAGGCCAUCACUGUUAUUUAGAUAACCCGAAAGACUUUAAUUUCUUGGUUUUAAAAGAGCUUCUUGAAAGAGCGUGA